CUGAAGUAGGCGGACGAGGGCAUCAAGCUGAACGGCCGCCCGUUUGCUCACAGCGUUUUGCCUCCUUUCUGCUCCCGCAGCGCUUGGUCGCUUCUCUCCCGUCAGGAAUGAUGGCUCAGUUGAAGAUGAAUUAAUAAAGCCAUUGCUGCAAAUGUAGGACAGAACACUAAUGGUGUGGGCAGUAUGGACCUAAUGAAUGGGCAGCCCAGCAAUGUUAAUAUUGCAGCUACUGCUUCAGAGAAGAGUAGCAGCUCAGAAUCGUUAAGUGACAAAGGUUCUGCUGAACUAAAGAAAAGCUUUGAUGCAGUGGUAUUUGAUGUUCUGAAGGUUACACCUGAGGAAUAUGCAGGCCAGAUAACACUAAUGGAUAUUCCAGUAUUUAAAGCUAUUCAACCAGAGGAGCUGUCAAGCUGUGGUUGGAAUAAAAAGGAGAAAUACAGUUCCGCACCAAAUGCAGUUGCCUUUACAAGAAGAUUCAACCAUGUAAGUUUUUGGGUUGUUCGAGAGAUUCUUCAUGCACAGACAUUAAAAAUAAGAGCUGAAGUUUUAAGCCACUAUAUUAAAACUGCUAAGAAACUCUAUGAGCUAAAUAAUCUACAUGCUCUUAUGGCUGUGGUGUCUGGAUUACAAAGUGCCCCCAUCUUCAGGUUGACUAAAACAUGGGCGUUAUUGAGCCGAAAGGACAAAACUACUUUUGACAAGUUGGAAUAUGUAAUGAGUAAAGAAGACAAUUAUAAAAGACUUAGAGACUAUAUUAGCAGCUUGAAGAUGACUCCUUGCAUUCCUUAUUUAGGUAUUUAUCUCUCAGACUUGACAUAUAUUGACUCAGCAUACCCAUCAACAGGGAGCAUUCUGGAAAAUGAGCAGAGAUCAAACUUAAUGAAUAACAUACUUAGAAUAAUUUCAGAUUUACAGCAAUCUUGUGAAUAUGAUAUUCCUGCAUUGCCUCAUGUUCAAAAAUACCUGAAUUCUGUUCAAUAUAUAGAAGAACUUCAAAAGUUUGUAGAAGAUGACAAUUAUAAGCUUUCAUUAAAGAUAGAACCUGGGACCAGUACCCCACGUUCUGCUGCCUCUCGUGAAGAUUUAGUAGGCCCUGAAGUGGGAGUUUCCCCACAAAGUGUACGAAAAAACGCUGCAGCUGAAGGAGCAUUGCUACCACCAACUCCUCCGUCCCCUAGGAACCUGAUGCCACAUGGGCAUAGAAAAUGUCACAGUUUAGGAUACAAUUUCAUUCAUAAGAUGAACACAGCAGAGUUUAAAAGUGCAACGUUUCCAAAUGCAGGACCAAGGCAUCUGUUAGAUGACAGUGUCAUGGAACCACAUGCCCCAUCACGGGGGCAGGCAGAGAGCUCUACACUUUCUAGUGGAAUUUCAAUAGGUAGCAGUGAUGGUUCUGAGCUCAGUGAAGAGACUUCAUGGCCAGCAUUUGAAAGGAACAGAUUAUACCAUUCUCUUGGUCCGGUGACAAGAAUGGCACGAAAUGGCUAUCGGGGCCACAUGAAGGGCAGCAGUUCUGCAGAGUCUGAAGAUAUAGCUGUCCAUUUGUAUCCAGGAGCUGUCACUAUUCAAGGUGUUCUCAGGAGAAAGACUUUGUUGAAAGAAGGCAAAAAACCUACAGUAGCAUCUUGGACCAAAUACUGGGCAGCACUGUGUGGAACCCAGCUUUUUUACUAUGCUGCAAAGUCUUUGAAGGCGACAGAAAGAAAACAUUUCAAAUCAACACCAAGUAAGAAUGUGUCAGUAGUGGGGUGGAUGGUCAUGAUGGCUGAUGACCCAGAACAUCCAGAUCUCUUCCUCCUCACAGAUUCUGAGAAAGGGAACUCAUACAAGUUUCAAGCUGGUAACAGAAUGAAUGCAAUGUUGUGGUUUAAGCAUCUGAGUGCUGCCUGCCAAAGCAAUAGACAACAGGUUCCUGCCAACUUGAUGACUUUUGAAUGAUGAGCUUCUUCAGAACCUGGAUCAAGCUUUUGAAUGCUGUCUGUCUCAUAGUUUGAGGAAGGAAGUCCUAGUGAAAGCAUGCCAGCUAUUCUUCUGUGCCAGAACAAAGAUGGUAAACAGAGUUUCAAAUCUCUGAAGUACUGAACAAAAAAAGCACUAAGAGUUCAGGGGAUGGAAAUGCAACAUGAACUGCCAUGGACCAUGCUGCUGCUUAAUAUUCUCUGAACUGAUCUGUUGAAACCACUGCCUUAAAGAAUGAAAGGAAAACCAACACGAAACACCAAAUAGUGUGUGUGUGUGUGUGUGUGUGUGUGUGUGUGUGUGUGUGUGUGUGUGUAAAACCUCUGGCGGUGCUGUGCUUAGGUUAAAUAGGUUGUAGCUAGUUUGCAUUUGUGUUAUGUUUAUUAGCUUUUAAUUUAAAAGCCCAACUUUUUUGUAAUUGUUUUUGUUGUAAAAAGGAUUAAAUCCCAUACUGCAUAAGGGUCUCAAGGGGUGGGUUUGCAAGGAUGUAGCAUGUGUGUUCUUGAAGAGUGUGUGAACUAUGCCUACAUCUUUCUAUACUAGCUUUUGUUGGGCUCAGAAAAAUUGAAACACAAUUUAAUUUGUUUAAGCUUAGAAUGUUAAGAACUGUAAUAUAUGCAAGUUUCUUCUCUUUUCACAAAGCACUGACUUUGCAGAACUUGGUACUGUAUGGGGAUUAUUUUUUUCCUGCAAGUGGCACUGCAGCUGAGCGUUUAACACUACACUCUCCUUUUUCUUUUUAGAGUUUUUGGUUAUCAAUUUCCUGGUAAAAAUAGUCUACAGGAUUUUGUAAAGCAAGCUCUGGGAAAUUUCAGUGAGUCAGAACUGAGCUUUUCUUCCCCAUUGUAUUUUUAAACAAGCUACACUCCUGUUUCCCCAAGCACUUUAGAUAUGUCUUCUAAAGCUCUUCCACAGGCCUAUUUACAGUUGAAAGCCCCCUUCUCAUAUAUUAGAUGGCAUUUUACAGGUGACAGUUUUACUGCAUCUCUUUCCAUGCAGAUUAAGAAGCAUGUGCAUGUAUUUAUAAUUUGGAAUUGGGAGUGUCAUUGACUUCUUCUACGAGAUCUCCGAGGCAUAAGCAUCAACUAUUAGUCUAGAACUCAUGAAGUACAACUCCCAGAUAAUCAAGAAAAACAGUAAAGUUAACAUGUCACAAGAAAAAGUAUUAUGGGGUAAAGAGCAAAUAGGAUGGGUUAUUUCCUAUAUGAAAAUGAAUUUUGUCACUUCACCUAUUUCCUGAAAGAAAUAUUUUUUAAAAAGUGGUGCUUUAUUUUUAAAUACUUUCGAGGCCACUUCGGAACCCUCAGAUGGUGAUCCUUUUUACCAAAUGUAAACUAGUCAGCUAGGAAAAGGCUCCAUUAGCACUGCAAUCUACUUAAUAAAAGAGAUAAUCUUGCUCCGUCUACAUAUUGUGAAAGAAUUUGCUCUAUUCUUACUAAGUUUAUUCCGAUGAGUUUGUUUUUCAUUCACUGGCUCCUGUUUCCAGAGUCCUCACAACUUUUUUUCCUAUUGGUAGGAUAGGCCGGGGAACAGUAGCUGUCCACAGAAGGAAACAAUAAAGCUGGUAUAAAAGCUGCACUCAAACUAUUUGCUCCUUCCCCCCCCCCCCCCAUAUGAUUGUUCACAGUGUUUAAAUAUCUUUAAUUUGUCCCAUUCUGUGUUCUUGGGGAAUGAAUGUUCAGUUCUGACCUUGUAGUGGUGUAUGUUGCAAAGGGAGGCUUGCUUGUUCAGAGUCACUUUUAGUUUACGUGUCUCCCACAAUAACCCAUGUAGGGUGUUUCAUAGAAACAUCUUCAUAGCCAGCAGUAUUACUGUACAGAAUUUGCACAACUUAUUUUCCAUUUUUUAAAAAGUUAUUGUGUGUUUCUUUCAAAGUAAGUUUUGUUUUUGUUUUGUUUUUUGUUUUAAAAAACCAACAACACUAUAAAUGUGUGUGGCUUUUUUUUAGUAUUGUGGAAGGUAACCUGUGGAAUUUGCUUUUUUUAAAAAAAGCAGAUGGAAACACUAGUGUAGAUACAUUGCAGGCUUAUGAGAUUUGUUCUUAAUGUUUUUUAUGAGUGGAAAGAUGCAACUGGGAGUCACAAUGUCAUAUGAUGCAGGUUUGCUAAAAAUAGAGUGUCGAUUCAUGCUAGUUUUUCACGUGGCCACUUCAUUAGGUUCGGGCAUUUUAAAUGGGUCUUUAUGGAAGUUUCCAAUACUCUGUUCAGAUCAUAGCACACUCUAUCCCCCUUCAAUUGGUUUUCUAAAGUUGUCUCAGCAUGUGGCUUGCUUCAACCUAGAUGAGCUUUUUAUUCACAAGACUAGUUCAUCCCAUCAAAAUCUUCUUUAAGUGAAAGAGAUGAAUGUUUCUGUGAAGGCAACACACACAAAAUAGUCACAUGAGUCCGCUUGAAGCCUGGCUGACCACUGGUUUGUUUGUUUUCUCAACAGCCUCCUUGUAUAUCCUGUGAAUAAGUUUUAAAAGCAGUAAAAAAAAACCAAAAAAAAUUCACAAGCAGGGAUGUCUUCCUUUAGCUAUAUUUUUAUCCAGCCUCAAAUGUAAUACAUCCAUGUGAAAGUUUCGGUUGAAAAUGAAGCUGCUUAAUCUGGUUUAUGGGAAUAUCAGAGAGGGUUACGACAAGUUCAGGGGUUUCGGCUAACUUACAUACAUUCCAUACAUUUUAUGUUUUACCUUAUAUAAGUUUAUAUUAUUUUAAAGCAUCACACACAUACUGAGCCAUUCAAGUUUUUUUGUGGUGGUUGAUUUGUCAAGAAUAAACUGCUUAAAUCUUUUUACAUAUAGCCAGAUAUGCCUACCGUCCUCCUAAAACCCUGAGAUAAGAAAAAUAGUUUUAUUUUGUUAGAUAGCCUUUCUACUUCCUCUUGUAAAUGAACUUCGUUUUGAAAAAGUAAAUUUUAUUAGAAAGGACUAUUUAACUGCUACAGUUUGUGUGAAAAUUAUUGUGUUAAAUUCCAGUGACAUAAAAUUUCACAGCUCAGAGCUAUGCAUUCCAUUAUAUUUAUAUAUAAAAGGAUGGCUUUAAAACAAGGCUUGCAACCAAAAAAAGUCUUAAAUCAAUCUGCGUCUGAAUGAAGCAUUUUGAUUGCUACCAGAAAUACCCUUUAGAACAGUCUAGCUAGCUAUGUUUAACACUAACAGUUUCUAUAACAAAUUUAUUUGGUAGUCAGGAAUUGAGAAUAAGAUGACUUGCAUUUUUCCUAUAUUCUAACAUACUAACUAUUUAAGUUAUCUAAGGAUGUGUUGUUAUGAUUCCUCCUAAACCUAUUUAAGCAGCUCCAGUAUCCUUAAUUAAAAUAUGAAGAGUUUUAACAAAAUGAUCCAUGCAAAUGGAGUUCACAAUCUGAGUCAAGUACAAAGAAAACAACAGCAUGGAAGCAUUGCUUGUACUACAGUGAGUCAGAUUGUAUUUUGAGUCAAGGUUGAGUCACAUUUUUAGUAAGAAGCAUUGACAUUUCCUACAAGAAAUUUUAAUUCUAAAGGGGAAAAAUGUAUUUUCCAUACAAUAAAUUGCAGGGAUCGCUUGUUUCGCUUGGUCAUAGGGAUUCUUGCCAUCUUUUAUUGUUUGUUUUUGUCUUGUUGCCUUUCAGUUAGCCAACAGGAGGUUGAGUCAUCCGAAUGCUUUCUUAACAAAUCUCAGCAAAGCAGCUAAAAGAGUUUUCCAUGUGAUAACACUGCAGCCAAGGGUGCAUCACACAUGACUUUUUCCUAUAUAAUCUCAAUGUAAAUGGGGAAAAUAUGUGAUUUAAUAUGAAAUUGAUGCAUGUUAAGCUUGUAUCUUGAGCAAGACAUUUUUUCCUACAUGGAGAUUGAAGGAAAAAGGACCUUGAGAAAACGUGUUUGUGUGGAUUGCACUUGAACUCAUAAAUGCUUGUUGCAAAUGUUGCUGCUAGAGGCUCACCACUACCAGACAUAAAGAGCAAUGUGAAGUAAUACUGUAGGUUUAAGUGAAGCUCAUGGUUUACUUGUUAAUUUUGAAACACAUUCCUAUAAUGUAGUAUAUUAACCUGUCAUACACAAAUAUGUUUCAAAUUAAGAUUGGUCACAAGGUGAUCUUCCUAUGGCUCUUCCAGUUGCAUCUUUUUUCCUCAUCUUUUUGUACAUAUUUCUUUUUCAUUCCUAAGCAUUAUUAUUCCUGUUCUAUUUUUCCCACUCGGUAAACUGUCUGCUCUGAAAGCUCGAAGACACUAACACUGGUAGUAAAUAACCAGUUUACAUUUCCCUGAAAAGCCAGCCUUUCAAGAAAUUGUGAAUUCCAUGUUGCUCCCUUUCCCCCAUUAAAAAUGGCUUGUGUCUGAAAAGCUGCAAUUAAAAUUAUAAGCAAACACGGAAUGUUUCAUCAAAGGAGAAUAGCAUUUCCUGCCCAUCAUAAGAUGAUGGGCAUUUCGUAUCUACAUACGAUUUUUGUCAGUGCCUUAACUACCUGUUUGAAGACCAAGGGGGCAAUCGACCAAGUACUACUGCUAUGCACUCCCCCAUUCAGGCAAAAUGGGUUUUCCAUAGGUAUCCCACACGGGCCUCAAUAAAAUGAUUGGAGGUUGUGCAGCCAACAGGAUGGCUCAAUUGUCGUUGCAUCUCUUUUGCUUUGAAAAAUUACUAUAGCAGUGGACUCAGUGACUUUUCCCCUUAAUUUGAGCAAGUUUCCAUUUAUGCCCCUGUUAACCUUUUAAAACUAAGAUUUAGAGUUGAUUUGGGGGCCAGUUCAGACGUUUAAUCUGGUAGGUAAAUUCCUGUGUGUGUUUGGUACCCGAGUUGGGUCUCAGGAACGUGUGCAUGCACCACCACACAAGUGCUGCUGUAUGUGAGAUGUGUAUUCACCCAGGCCCAACCCCCACCAUGGGAACUUCCCGUUGGAGUGAUUGCUGAGUGAGCAUUUUAAAUAACCAAGAUCAUUUCUAGAUUUUUUCCCCUUAAUUCUAGAUUUGGGGGGGUUUAUGCCAGCAAAACCAAUGUCUUUAAAAAUUACUAGACUCCACGUGUAUGAACUAAUUAAACUCUCUUCUCAUGAUAUUGCAAGUUUCAAAUGCCUGGCAUACUAACCACCUACAAUCAAGUCGUAUAUGAAAUCCGAACUCCCAACAGCUAAAUAUGAAUAAUCUCAUCAAUGUUUCAACAUCUUCAUUGGCCAUUUUUAUUAUUGAGUGUUUUGUGUUACCAAAUGGUGCUCAUGAGGAAAUCAGAGUGAUGUUCUUCUUAUUUGGUUGCAUGGGUUAUUCAAACUCAUUUGUACAGAAAUGUGUUUCCUUUUAAAAAUUAUAUCUAUGAUGGAAACCAAUUUAGAAAAAAUAUCCUUCACAAAAUGUCGUAAUUCAACCCAUUUGCCCGCCACCAUCUCCCAUCUCCACAAGACAGAUGAUACAACAGCAUGUGGCCACGCCUUGUUUAUGUCAUCAUUCCUUGCCUGGUGGCUGGGGCACUCCAGGCGUGGCUGGGGCAGCUUUGCCCAUACUGCAUCCUACUCAAUGAGUAAAGCAAUGCACUAAGGGGAAAUCAAUCAUUAAUUAGAGCUAACAGUGAGAUAUCAGAAAGCCAUAUCAAUUAGACAAUUCAUUUACAUUUUUCCAUUAUAAGAGAAAAUGACAUUUCCACAAUGGGAUUCAUAACGAACUAUUAUCUUAAUAUAGUUGGAGAACAUUAUAGCCCACUUUCUCAUAGUUCUUGGUGUCUGGGCCUUGAUGCACAACCAAGAAGUAGGGAUGUAUCCGAUUUCCUUUCUACAAUGGACAAAUUAGCACCUUUUCCUCCAAGAGGUAGAAGCACAUCUUGAAUGACUUGCUUACCCUAGAGUUGAAUUUCUUGCUUACCUUAGAGUUACUCAUAAGCCUAUUACAAAUUGAUCAGUGGAAGACAGGAAAAACAGGGGUUUAGUGUACUCUUGUCUUUUUGUAACCAUUAAUAGUCAGCCAUUCAAAUCAUACAUAGAAACUGUUCAAGCUGCAAAGACUACAUUAUACUAAACACAAGCCAUUUUUAAUGUUGACCUGAAGCACCAUUUUGAUGGGGGUUGAAUGCACUAUGACCUCUCUGAGUGAUGUGCAAUUUGGCUGUUCCUUGUCCUUUUUUCCCUCCUGUUUUUUAAUACUUUACCGUGUGUAUGUGUGUGUUUGAAUUGUGUGUUUGCAUAAGCUAUUUCAGGAUGGCUUAAAGUAUGAACUUAAAUAUAGAAUUUUCCUACUGAAAUAAAUUACUUAAAAUUUGGA